AUGGCCGGUGAAACAGCUGGAGCAAGAAAGAAGAGGAAGGCAGUGAAUGGCAUGAAUAAGAAAGUCGUUACUACCCAGAAGAAGAAGGAUGGUGAAAUAAGUAAGAGUUCAAAAGGUUACACUGGUUUCCUGAACAAAGAUGCGAAAAAUUAUUUGAAACCUGUUUUUGUCGUUGCCCAUUUUAGGAUUAAAGAAAUAGAAGUUUCCCCUGAUUUUAUUUCAAAAAUGUUGAAAGUUCUCAGACUUGUCAUCAUUGAGGAUAUCAUUGUAUUUCCUUACAAAAGUAAAGAGGAAGUCCCUAGCAUGGAAACAGUUAUUGAGACAAUUUGUGAUGCCGCUAUCAAUUGCGUGGAUGAGAAUAGUAAAAUAUAUUAG